AUGACUCUCGCUCAGGCGUUGUUUGAGGUUUAUUUUGUUACACCUCCACCUCUGGCUCUUUGCGGUCAAGUCAGACCUCAAGGCCUCAAAUCUUCCCUGAAGUCGACAUUUUAUCCCGCAUGUCACACCAUCACAUACAGCCCUCGGAUGGCGUCACGAGCAGUCGGUAUCAUUCAAACCUGCCAUGCUUCUCUACACUACACGAUUGCGACCUCAGCCGACGUGCGUCCACUCCCCGGCCCGAGCAUGGCCCAAACUAUAUCGUGCGAUCCUAGCCGACGUGCGCCCACUCCAAGCAUGGCCCAAACGCGCACACUCGCGCAAAGUCCAUCUUUUCAAAUGGAAACAGGUUUCCUCUCCGAUGUCGUCGUUCAUGCUGAUGCUCAUAUUGGAAACCAGAGUCAUGUUAACUUCUCUGUUAGCAUUUCGGUCUGGUUCAGCCGGGUUCAAUGCGCGAAAGCUGGGUUCGACUCCCAGACAGAGAUUAAAGUGAUAUCAAUGGUUUUUUCAUGGCGUGAACUUCUACUAGUACUAGGCUACUACAAGUUUACUUUCCAAUGUUGUUCUGACAUACUUGUACCCAAAACUAUUAUUCUAGCUUCUCUGUUGGUAUUUCGGCCUGACGAAAGCAUUCAGUUACCUCUUUCAGGCCAUAGGCAGAAAGAAGGUCGUUCCGUCGCCAUGAUCCUUCGAAAUGCUGAGGUUGUGUGA